CUGGGUUCAUCCUCCCCCACGAAAUAAUGUUGGGUCCUCAUAUUCCCAAGUUAAAAUUAAUUUGACUUUAUUUAACACAUAAUUGUCAGAUUGAACAGGGAAGUCACUGAAAGUGAUUAAAUAGUGGGGAACAAUGUCGCUUGAUAUGAGGUCACCAACGUUUGAUUCUUCUGGAACAUUAUCAUGGGAUUUGUUGAAAAUCUCAUUUGUAAACAGUUGAUCACUGAGAUAAUCAACAUCUAUCAAAAUUGUAUUAGAUUUCUGAUCAUCAUUUGAUGCAUCUAACACAUUUUCUGGUACAAAAGGAUCUAGAUAAUAAGAUUCGUCAGAAUCUCCUGUUGUUGAAUGAUGAGGACCAUUUGAAACAGCUGGAUUCAGUGUACCGCACGAUUUGUUCCCUGUUCCGUUGUGGGCGGGUACUGCAAUUAAUUUAUGAGCAUUUAAUAAGAGAUCUUCUUCCUGUGAGCUGGGUACAUCACUGUCUGUACACGUUUCAGGAACAGUGGGAUUUGAACCCACGACAGGGAACGUUUCGGAAUUUGACAUUUCUGGACAACUGGGCGGAUCAUGAAUAACUUUCUCGUUUACAU